CAGAGGUCAUGCCAGGCACAGGUCGAGAGACCCAGGGACCUCGGCUGGUAGCGCCUGGAGCCAGGAUGGUGCAGGGACCCAGGGACGUGUGGCUGCCCCCCGUUCUUCUCCUUCUCAGCCUCCCAGGCUGCUUCUCCACCGGAGACCCCAGGACCGUGAGGGGCGCCGAGGGGGGCUCGCUGGACGUGCAGUGCCCCUACAGCCCCCGAUGGGGGUUGCACGGGAAGCUGUGGUGCCGCGGGGCCCACUGGGACACCUGCAGGGUCCUGGUGCAGACCCAGGGGGUCUUCGGGCGCCAGGCGCAGGGCGAGCGCGUGGCCAUCAGGGACAAGCUGGGGGCGCGCGCCUUCACCGUGACCAUGUGGCAGCUGCGGCCCGAAGACGCAGACACGUACUGGUGCGGGAUCCGGAAGGCGGGCUCCGAGGGGGGCGUGCGCGUCACGGUGACCGUGGACCCAGUGGCCACCCACACCCCAAAGCAUAACAGGCGCCUGCACUCCACAGCAACCGACACCCCCAGAGCCGCCACCUCAGGCGUGUCCACCCGGACCCACUACCUGCUCCUGGGCUUCCUGAAGGUGCCCAUCCUGCUGCUGCUGGUGGGCGCCAUCCUCUGGCUGAAGGCGCCCCCGGAGACACCCCAGGAGGAGUGCGAGGAGUCCCUCUACAUGAACGUAUAG